UCGCGCGCUCGGCCCGUCAGUCGGCACACCGCCCGGGCGGGCGCCACACGACCGGGAUCUGCGCAAGCGACGAGCGGUGACGCGAACAAAUAUAAUUUCAGUGAAAUAAACACGCAUCGGACAACCGCUGUAACAUGCGAGCGCAAGAUUCUGUGAAUAAAACACGAGUAUAGUGAACGAGUCUCGAGUGCAGAGCACAACGACGGACGUCGCACAACGAGAGAGCGAUUAGGGUUCCUAGAACCCCUUCGACGAAACGAUUCGAGUGGUGUCGCAGAAGUCUCUUCUCGGCUCCUCGAAAUAUUGUAAACAAUCGCUCGGUGACUGUCAGGCACUACAUAAAAACCUGCACUGCUCUUGUACAUUAGUCGUAUUACAAAAGAAAAAAAAACGAAAAAAACUCGAAUUAGCGCCCUCUAUCGGCCUGUCGGUGAGGGCCCGUAAGUGUAUAUAUGCAUAUAUCGGGUUGAAGUGAUCUCUAGCGUGACGUCACAAUUGUGGAAUUAACCAUUAACUAUAAAGCUUUGCUGUUUCAAAAAGCAUUUUACAUUGCCCGUUAGUUUAAAAAGAAUUGUAAAUAUUUUUAAAAAGUCGUGUGACAUUGCGAGAAAGUAACUAUAAAACUAGUCAUUGCUCUAGUGUAUUUAUUUUGAUUGUAAUCAAAUAUUAUAAUAGUGAAUUAACGGAAAAAUUCAUUGAAACCGAGACAAAUUAGCAACUGAAUGCCCGAGUGCUUUAAAACCAAAGAGAUUGCCGUGAAGAGAUCCGUCCGCGGGAGGACGGUACACCUGGAAUUUAUUGGCGAGACGAAAGCGUUGGAGAGAGACAAGAUGCAGGCGCAAAUAGGUGUGGGCAAUGAGUUGCAGCGCAGCUACAGGAUCCAGGACUUCGCGUCCCCGGGAGUUAUCAUGCGCGAGCGCAGCUUCGUACGACCCCAGAGUCACCACAACAUGCAUCAUAACCAGUUUCCAAAUAAUGGGAAACGGCGAAGUAUGAUUCUCACUAACGCGAAAGGGAAGCCUACACUCGAAAUAUACAGACCACCAGGUGUACGCACAGACGCCGUGGCGACAACGGGUGCGGCCGCGGGAGCGACGGCCACCGCCACUACCGCCGGCGCCUCGUCCACUUCCACUAACAAGCUGAACGUGCACGCCAAGGAGUUCACCAUGGCCAAGCCGCUGGACCUUCAUAAUAGGCCGGCGAUGGGCAUCGGGUACGCGAGCGUGGGCCUGCAGCACUCGCGCUCGGCGGUGCUGCACGCGCAGGUGCCGCCGCACUACCGCCCCGUGCUGCCGCCGCACGCGCUGCUCAACAGCACCUCCAGCGGGAACGUGCCGCAUGCACAGGUGGGCCCCCGAGUGCAUUUCAAACUGCAGCCGCAGACGGCAAUCAUUCCAGAGAAGAAGAAAUCCCCCCCUUCUUCCCUGAUCAACGGGAACGGCAAGAGCAUCCGCCCGCAGUCGUUCACCCCCGGUCUCAAGAGGUCCAAGUCUCUGACGUCGGCAGAUGCGUUGGCAAGCGGCAUGGCUGCCCUGGGCCUGGCGGCUGAUGCAGGGGAUUUGGGCACCUUCCCCGCUGAGAUCCAGGAGUGCAUCGACAAGGCGCUUGAGGACCCGAACGCGGUGUGCGCGCGCACGCUGAUGGACGCGGUGGGGCACCUGGUGUCGCGCGCGGUGGAGUCGCCGCGGUACGCGCUGCCCGCCGCGCGCCGCUGCAUCGCCGUGGUGGAGCGCGAGCAGACCGAGACCUUCCUCGAAUCGCUGCUCAACACCUGCCAGCAGUGGUACCACGACCGCGACAAGUUGCUUGGCGCCAUGGUGGGCGGCGGACGGCCGCGGCUGAUGGCGUUCCUGUCGUUCCUGCUGGAGAUGUACUGCCAGCUGCGGCGGCGCGCCAUCCAGCGGCGCGGCGCGUCGGCCCAGCCCGGACAGGUGCUGCUCACGCUCAUCUGCAAGUGCUGCGAGGACUGCAUCCGGCAGCCGGUGCCCUCCGCCAGUGAUACGGAGAACCUAUUCUUCGUGCUGACGUACAUCGGUCGCGACCUGGAGGCGCAGCUGCCGGGCGACCUGGAGCGGCUGCUGACGGCAGUCCGCGACGCGUUCCUCAACACGGCCGCCGCGCCCUCCAUCCGCCGCACGCUGCUGCAACUCAUCGAGCUGCACGCGUCCCGCUGGCAGCUGCCCGGCUGCGCGGUGCUCUAUUACUACCCAUCCUCCAAGUGAACACGCGUGAACAUAUGAGGAAGGAGCGGCGGCUGAAGAUCGACAAUGGAUACCGCAUAACUAUGCAGCGAGUAUACGAGGGAAGUAUGCAGCAAUCUGAUUGGCCAGUUCAAAUGUCCACUAAAGAUUCAAAAUUGGAACGAAGUGCGGUUAAAAAUUUGAGCCAUCUGAUUGGCUGUUUCAAAAAUGGAACAUUGGUGCGAAGAAAUGAAGCUCUAUGAUUGGUUGUUGCAAAUACGCACUAAUUCACCAUGUGUAUGAUUUAGAUUAGUGCAAAUGCAUUAAAUACGGUGCGGUAUCUAUUGGAGGUGAUCUGUGAAGGCGGGGCCCAACGGCGCGUGAGUAACGGGACCGGGACAUUACUUACUAAAGCAAAUUAUAUCUGCGUCGGCGCAGAUGGAAAUUAUUGGUUUUGUGUAGAAAUUAUGAUGGUUAAGUUUGUUGAUUUUAGUUUGUGUAGUCCCAUCAUUAUUGGGUUUCCGAGUGUGCGCUUUGGUAAGUACAAUGUCCAGAAUUUCUCCAAUCGGUCAAUGUUGAAAAUGUUUGAAAUAUAAGUGAGAAUUAUAUAAAUAUUAUAUUGACUAUGUUACUAUAUAUAAGAUGUAUUAUAUUUUGUUGAAACUUGAUAAAUUCUGGAUGUUAGGACUAUUGGUGUUUCCAAGACAAUGUGUAUGAAAAUAUUGUUUUGGUGUCUAGAUAUUAAUAACACAUUAGAGUUUAUAUUUAUAGUGAAUAAGUAUAUCUGUCCCGUUAUCACAAUGUGCCCGUUGUUACCAUAAUGAAGAAUUUAUGUAAAAUUAAUAUAGGUAUGCCUUGUACUAAGAUAGGUGAUAAUAAAUAUUUAAUUAUAUUUAUGGAGGGAGAAACCCUUGAGUAUUUUAGGUGUACCUAGUAUAGACAAUUGAAUCAAGCAUAGACAAUUAAGGUUCCUAAGAGCUUGAUAAUGUUUUUGUUUUCCGAGGAGGGGAUAGCAUUAUUUAACGUUUAGCAUAAAACUGUUACAAGCAUUUCUAUUUUCACACUUCCCGACCAUUCGCGUUGUACUUGUGGGUCUUGCUUAUUGUCCCCGUAACGUAGGCAUAUAGCUGCCAUAAGCUCAUUUUAUUGUGCCUUUAAACAUUUUAGAAUUAUGCGCCGGCGCAACACUACCGAAUGCUGGUAUUAAUUUGGUGCCAGUUUUGAAAGUGUCGCGUCGGGUUUUAUGUAAGGUUUUAGUAAUUUAGCUUAAGGUGGAUUUAUUUAGAGCAUCGUAUAUGCCUUGAAAGUAUUAAAGAGUACUUGUGUAAGUAGUGCGCGGACAAACAGACGAUGUACACUACUGUACGAACUUCGCAUAGUACUUCGUGCAUUGUGCCCUUUGUCGGAUUUCAUCUAACUUAGUUUAAUAGCCAUCCUCUAGUAGUCUUAACGUAUUCCGCUUGUAUGUAGCGCGUAGGUAGUAGGUGUCCAACCCAGUGGCGAAAGGUCCUUAUACCUCGAUCCCUGCUGGCUUCCCUUUAUUAGAACUAUUUGGAGACUGCAUUUAUGCAUAUUGGUCGGGUUACCUUUCGGUUGUUACACUUCGCCACUGGUCCAAACACCACCCAGCAUGUAUAGCGGCCAAUAUGUCUAAAGUUUUGCACUCGGCGUUUAGUUCGUGUAGAGGUGUCGUUUCGACAAAAUUGUAAGCUUUGACACAAUAAUGAAAAAUGUGACUGAAAUUUUUUGUAAUCUGUUUCAACACUUUAUGCUUGUGAUAUUAUAAAUUUAAGUGGUAUCUCGGAUGUCUUCUCUGUCCUAACCAAAGACUGUACUGAUGGGAGAUUUCAUAUUAAUAUUAUUAACAAAAUGCAUCAAGAUGUCAUUGUGUUGUUGAAGCCGGACCAAAAUUCCGUUUCACGCUGUGAGGCGAGGCUACGUCACGCGUCACGCGUGCAGCGUGUUCUGAACAAUAUCAAGUAAUGUUAAUCAUACGUUAUAUAGUUAUUAUAGAUAAAAGACCAUGAUCUUUUCGUUUCUGCAUUAGCAAUUUAAGGUAAUGAUAUGUUUGUAAAAAAAAUUGAAAAAGCAAAAAAAAUGGUGCUAACAAAAACAUUGGUGUAUAGUUUAUAUUACUGUGAGUAGACACGGGCAAUAACAUUGUUCUCGUUACCGCUAUAAAUUUUGUACGAAUAAAACCAUUUUAAAGGAUUAUAACCAAUAAAAAUGUAUAAAACGCA